GGAGAAUGUCGAGUGCUGCUGAGAGGCGCUAAAACGGAUUGAUGAUCUGUUGGAGCAGUCGGUCCGUGAUCGCGCUGCAUAGUCCCUUGUCAGUGUUCUGAUUCUGAUGUUCCGCAUACGAGAAGUUCGAAGAACAUGAUUCCGCACCGUGUCUGGGACAUAUCGCAACGGUGCCGCGCGUCGGGACUGUUGCGUGUUCGACACCGACUAGAUCUUCGUCGAACGGUCGCCACGCAAUUGCGUUACCAAGCCCAAUCGUCUCUCCCGGAAGGAGAUGCAUCUACUGCCGAAGCUGAUCGUUUACAACAGGGAAUGCUCGUCCGGCAUGCUGCAUCCAAGGAGAAAUUGCAUUGUGCACCACGGUACUCGCCCCUUGCUAUAGCCGAACUUGGGAAGGAGCUUUUCUGCGCGGCCAUCGCGGAUGUCGAUCCUUGUUGGCAUUUCUACCCGCUCCCGUGGCAAUGGCCUGCUACAUUUCUAGUGCAGCAUCGCGCGAGACACGCAGACGGGCUUGUGGACAACUGGUUACCUAUCGUCCUUCGGACAACUACAGCCGGGAGUUUGACUUCAAAUGGUCGACGGUUGAAAUGUGGCCAGACGUCACCACCGGACACCCGGAAAAUUGUCGAGAAAGAGCGUUUUUUCUUUCGGUUGCCACAGGGAAAUGGCAGAAGCCAUCCCUUUCUGCAGGUGUUCGUCGCGCUCGAAUCAAGUAAAUUUUUCAUGAUUCCGGCCGGCCGACAUUCUUCGGAUUCGGAGAAACAGCAAAAUACUGGAGCGCAGCACUUCUUGUCAUUUUCGGAUGCGGAUCAGGUGGGACUAGACGACAUUUUGGGCGAGAUGCUUGCGAAGUACCAGGAGGCGGAGAGGAACCUACGAAGUCGUUGUGACUGGUUUGCUUUUUUCCAUGACGAGUGUCUUGUGCGUGGCACGCGAGCUGCUUAUUGUCGUGCUUUAAUCCAAAUGCAACUCCACGUCUACGGUCCUUUGGGACUUGAUGUCUCGUUUCCGAAUUCUUCGUUACGAAGUGCGGGUUCUCACAAUGCAACUGUUGGAAAUUUCAAAGUGCUGCAUCGCAUCGCGAACGCGCAAACUGUGCGGGACCGUGGAGCUCGACCAUUGUCUGUAACCGCUACAUCGGAGUCGCAAGCGAAAAGGCCCUACUCCUCCACAGAAAUGAACAGCCUCGAUUUCUUGUGCGCGUUGAACUACUGCGUAACGUCUCAUCAGCUCGAUGGCUUUUAUUUUUUUCCAAAAUGGUAUGCAGCAGCAUUAUUUUCUGGGGGUGAAGGUAAAGCUGAUAAAUGCAAGUGCACUAUGUGGUUGUAUUUUCCAGAAGACGGCCACCGCGCAAAGCUCGAACACGUCAAAAAGCGUUUAAGUGAAGACCUGAAGUUUUAUGUGAACCUUCGGGAGCCUGGCUCGGAUCCUCUAGUGAAGCUGCGACAAAUCAUAAGCGACUACCAGUCUACUUCAGCUACAGUUACUUCACAGUGAGUCGUCUUUUUUGAUGAUUGAGAGACGAGGAGUCUAGUAGUUCAUCGAGCGACGAUGACGGACCGGGCGGGAAAAAAUGGAAGAAAAAAGGAAAAACGAAAAAGGGUUAAGGGAAAGGGAAGAAAUAGAAUAUUUCUUCGUUUUUUUGUAGACCAAUAGUGGUUCGACAUUGACUGCGAAAGUGAAUCUAUCUCGGCUGAAUGGUUUGUUUGCGAAAGAGAAACUAACCCAUGGAAGAAGCGAGCUCUCGCUACGAUGAUUCGUGGGUAGUACAUCGAGGUCCUAGUACGGCACUUUUCCUACUUCAGUUGACAAUGAAAUGUUCUUAUCCGUAUCC